UGUUCUUUACAAUAUUACAAUUCGUGUAUGAUUAUUUUAUUUUUAAUUCAACAAAAAAAUCAUAAAAAAAAUAAAUAACAACAGUUUUUAAAAAUCGGGAAAAAAUCGGAAUCAUUUCGACAAAUCGGUUUUUUAAUUCUAAAUAAUUUCAAAAAUUUAAAAAUAAUUUUCUUGAAAUAAAAAACGUACACGAGGAGUAUACCCCCAAAAUAUACAAAUAAAAAAAAAUAAAUUGGAUACAAAAAAUAAUUAAAUAGCAAACAAAAAAGGGAAAGCAGAGUAAAGUGACCAAGUGUGUUCUGUUCCAUAGUUCAAGGAUUUUCAAAAGUCACCAACAAACAACAAUACAACACAACCAACAUACAUAUAGAGAAGUCAACCUUGACUCGCUCCUUGCUAGUGAUCGUCGUUUAAAACAAAACAUACGAAAAAAAAGCCAUCAAGGCAAAAGGAAUAAUAAUUUAUACAAAAAAAAGAAGAAACAGUGUUGAAAACAAAAAUUUGGAAAAAGAAAAAUUCUCCUUAUCAAUCAACAAAAAAAAAAUUAUUUACUAAAGUGAAGGAUUUGAAAAGGGUUGAAAUGACAACAGAACGUUAAUACAAAAAAAAAAAAAAAAAAAAAUCUUGAAAAAAAAGCGAAGGUUAAUCAUAUACCUGUAAUAGCACGUAAAACUGUAUAAUUUGAUCUUGGUACAAUAUAAAAUAUAUAAAAGAGCUAUAACCGUGAGAUAUACGACAUACAGCUAUACAUCGUAUACACCGUACACGCUAUAUACAUACAUAGAGAGAAUAGAGUAGUGUAUGUUCUAAUCCGGAAGAACCUUGCAACAUUUCAUUAAUCGCGUGCUCAGUGUCUUGUACUUGGGAUUUAAUUACAUUACAAAGUUUAUAAAAAAAAAGUUUAACAAUCAAUUCGAUACAAAAUAAAAAAAAAUAUAUGAUAAAAAAGUGUUUAGAAAAAAAAAUUUGAAAAAUUAAAAAGGGAACCAUUUUCAAGUGAUAAAAGGUCCCAAAAACAGCUUCAAAAUUUCUAACAAAAAGCAUCCAGUAUUUUUUUGUGACACGGUGAAUUUAAAUAAACCUGCCACCGUGGAUACUCUGGCUUUACCUCUCAACGGAUUAUCACAUGUGCGGAUGGCUCUAGCCAGAUUGCCGGUAGUUAGUGACUGUCCGGCGGGUCAAACUGCUAGAGUUACAUCCAAUUUGCACUCUUCCAGUAGCAGCACAAUGGCAGUCACAAGAGUGCCGUCGCCGCCUCUGUCAGAAGUGAAUACGCCAGUUGCGGAAAAUUGGUGUUACACACAGGUUAAAGUAGUUAAAUUUAGCUAUAUGUGGACCAUAAAUAACUUUAGUUUUUGUCGAGAAGAAAUGGGAGAAGUGCUAAAGUCAUCAACAUUUUCAGCUGGUGCUAAUGAUAAAUUAAAAUGGUGUUUGCGCGUGAAUCCAAAAGGAUUAGAUGAAGAAAGCAAAGACUACCUUUCACUAUAUCUACUGUUAGUGUCGUGUAAUAAAUCCGAAGUGCGGGCAAAAUUCAAAUUUUCAAUAUUGAAUGCCAAACGUGAAGAGACCAAAGCAAUGGAAUCACAACGAGCAUACAGAUUUGUGCAGGGCAAGGAUUGGGGCUUCAAGAAAUUCAUUCGGCGGGAUUUCCUGCUGGACGAAGCGAAUGGCUUACUACCUGAGGACAAGUUAACGAUAUUUUGUGAAGUGAGUGUAGUAGCAGACAGCGUCAAUAUUUCAGGGCAAAGCAACAUAAUACAAUUCAAAGUGCCAGAAUGUAAACUCUCGGAGGACUUAGGUAACUUGUUUGACAAUGAAAAGUUUAGUGAUGUAACGUUGGCUGUUGGAGGGCGUGAAUUUCAGGCGCAUAAAGCAAUCUUAGCUGCACGAAGUCCGGUAUUUGCGGCGAUGUUCGAGCACGAAAUGGAGGAACGCAAACAAAAUCGGGUCGCAAUCACAGACGUAGAUCAUGAAGUAUUAAAGGAAAUGCUCCGAUUUAUCUACACGGGGAAGUCACCGAAUCUGGAAAAAAUGGCUGAUGAUCUGCUGGCAGCAGCUGAUAAGUACGCCCUUGAAAAGCUAAAAGUGAUGUGUGAAGAAGCCCUCUGUGUUAAUUUAUCUGUAGAAACAGCCGCCGAAACCCUAAUUUUAGCCGAUCUCCAUAGUGCGGACCAAUUAAAAGCACAAACGAUUGAUUUCAUCAACACAAGUCAUGCAACGGAUGUGAUGGAAACUGUCGGAUGGAAAAACAUGGUAACGACGCAUCCGCAUCUGAUAAACGAGGCAUUUCGCGCCCUUGCAACCCAACAAAUCCCGCCUAUCGGACCUCCACGGAAACGCGUGAAAAUGAGCUGAAAUAAAAUUCAGGCACAAUUAUUACAACAACAACAACAACCGAUCGAACGACAACUACAACAACAACAAAUCCAGCAUCAAACACCGCUGUUGCAGCAACAGUUACUAAUUUUACCGAAAAAGCGCGUCAAUAAUAAUCUUAGCAGUAAUAAUGAAUCGAAUGAUUAUUGUAUAGAAAAAAACAUUGUAAAAAAAAAUAUUAAUUUUUUUAGAUUUUUUUUGUACUGGAAACAAAAUUAAUGUCAAAUUUGUAUUACUUGCGCCUGAAAUUUGAACCGAACAAUAA